AUGGCGACAAGGGUGCUGCUGCCAUAUUGGAGAAGGAGGGUGUUAGUGUGGACUUAUAUCACUAAGCAUGAAAUCUAUUUGUCCAGUGUUGUCUAUUGUGGCCACGUUUACAUUGAUACGUAUUGGAGGGGAGCAGGCUGCGGGCGCCGGGCGCGGCUUCGGUGGCCUCGCCCGCGGCAGGAGCCCAGGGUCAGGCGGCGUAGCCCACGAGGCCGACGUCUAAGGGGAGCCGGCUGCGGGCGCCGGGCGCGGAGCCGGCAGCCUCCCCCACAGCGCUGCCGUCGGAGGGGCGCAGGCUGCAGGUGCCGGCGGUGGCCGCUGCCCGCCGCCAAGCGCAAGCUCCCGUCGUCCGCGGCGCUGUCGGCGCGCCGGGCCUUCUUCCCCGUCACGCGCAACGUCACCACCGUGUCCCGCACCCUGCCGCCAAAGAAGCGGAUCCGAGCGGACUGAAGGCCGGCCGCCCGAAUGACCGGCGAUCCGCGCCGCUGCAGCUGAAUUAAGCAGCCAAUUACGGGCUCCACAGUGCCACGGUCGUCGAUGUACCCGUGGGUCCUUGGAUUUCUGGCACGCCGUGGCUGACUUCUCUUCGCCCUCUUCUUCCUCUGUUCAUGGCUUGCACGGCCAUGGCAUCUCGUACAAAUAAUGUAUAGGUUUAUUAUUUCUUUCCUCUGUUUUUUAGGGGGUUGUGUGGAGUAGAAACUGUAGAAUUGUGAUAUUUAUAGGGAUGAUGAAUAGGGAAGGUUUGUAAGAGAAUUCUCAAA